UUCCUCAUUAAAGUAUAAAUAACGUGUGGCGAGACACGGUGGUACGAGUCUCCAGCAGAAAUUUUGCUUAGUUCGUCUUCUAUUCUAUUUGGCAAGAUGAAGUACGCAACAGUAGCUCUGAUUGCACUUAGUCUUUUUGCGGUGAUUUCUGCAGCUCCAUCACAGGAUAGCAAUGAAAGUUAUCUCUCCAAAUUUAAACAAGCUGCAGCAGUCGAGGGCGCUAAAGUGGCUUCCUACAUUCAAGAUAAAGCAGCUGAAGCGAAUAAGUACCUGAGCGAUGUAAGUAGUAAACAGCAUGAACAUUCUCAAAUUCAUAAAGAAGAUCACGAUUCAUAUGUGACUGAUUCAAACAAAGGCGAAUCAUCAACCCCGUCUCAGGAUGAAAAUGACAAGCAAUAUAACGUUGAAUUUGAUUCAAACAAAGAUAAAUCAUCUACCAAAUAGCUAGAAGAGUAAAAUACAGCAUGCAACGGCAUUUUUCUUUUUAAAUUCAAGUUGCAUUGGGUCAAUGAUAUUAUGUACGCUAAAGCUAAUAUAUUAUAUUUUGAAAUUGCAAUAAACGAUCAUUAAAAACUAAA